AUGCUGAUGAACCGUAUUGCGCCGGGCAUCUCGAAACUCUAUGUCGCCAAUGCGGACGGGUCUAACUCACGUCUACUCCUCGCUAACGAGAGUACAUUUGAAUAUCACGCGCAGUGGUCGCCAAAGGGUAGUUGGAUUGUCUGUACUAGUGAACGCGCCGGCGAUGGGCAGUCGGAUUUGUAUCGAGUCCGACCCAAUGGCACCGAAUUGCAAGCCAUUUCAGCCACCCCUCUGUUGACAUUUUCUAGCACCCUCAACAAACAUAAGAGCAAUAUCUGGAUCAAGGACUUGGAGACGGGUACACUAUGGAAUGUCACAAACUCGACCGAGGUCGCCGGCAACUGGACUCUUCCUGAUGGCCAUUUCCGUCCAGCAUGGUCGCCGGAUGGUGAGUGGGUGGUUUUCUCGUCGGAUUGCAACACACCCUGGCGUGGUCAUAACAAUAUUAGUGGCUGGGAACAUACGCAGGAGCUGUCCAUUUACGCCAUCCGACCCAAUGGCAGUGACUUCCACCUCGUUGCGAACAGGACGGGCUACUGUUUAGGCUCGCCCAAGUUCUCACCCAAUGGCAGCCGCAUUUUCUUUUACGAGAUUCCCACAGAGUUAACAUACUAUGCGCGCGUAGCCGAGCCCCAAUUCUAUGAUGUCAACACAGCUAUCAUCUCGGUGGACUUCAACGGGAACGGACCGCAUUGUGCUCGAAUCGGCCGAUUCUGGUGGCAUCAAACCCUUCCCCCAAGCCUGCUGACAAAUGAGACCUACCCGGGCUCUAUCAACUACACGUCUGCCAACCCGCAAAGCACCGCCAGUGCCAAGUACCCCAACCCAUCCCUGGUUGGCUACUAUCGCUCACCGUCUUGGUCGCCUGAUGGUAGCAAGAUAGUCUACGAGCACGUUGAGUGGGACCCUGUUCGUAGUAUUGACAAAAAGCUGGACAGCUGGAAUGAUGAUUGGGAGUACCGCUUCACGGACGUGUUCCCUCAAAUGUCUCAGAAAGCCCUGACCAACUCGUCCAACACUAAUGGCACCUUCCAGGGGUCGUGGCGUGGUGAUGGGGAGAUACUGGCUGCGGGUUUGGGCGACUGGUUCGAGUAUCGUUACGAAAAUCCUGGUUGGGUAUAUCUGGCGUCGGCUAAUGGGUCGUGGACGCAGCAGAUAACCAACGGCAGCACCAACGCUGAUUUCCCUACCAUCUCUCCCGAUGGCCGGUGGCUGGUUUGGCGAGAGUUCGAUUAUACAACUGAGUUGGUGACGCCGUUGGGACUAGGGCGCAUGGAUCUGACAACGGGUGAAGUUAUUACACUGACUACUUCCUGGGAUAACACGCCUAUGUUUGCACCAGAUGGCUCAAACCGCCUUGUCUUUACACGACGCGACAGCGUGCCCGUUUCCGGUCCGUUGGACGACAAGUACGACAUAAUGAUGAUGAAUAUCGAUGGCAGUGACCUCAAAAGGUUGGCCACGUUGGCGUGCAACGACGCUCACGCCACAUGGACCCAUGGUGGAAAGAUCAAUUGGGCCUCGGGCAUGUUUGGAUCUCAGGACGAGGCCGCGAUUUACGACAACAACCAGCAGCCGUACCCGAUGAUCAUGCAAAUGGAUGCCGAUGGGUCGAAUGUCACAGUGCUGACAGAAAGCAGAUGGGAAGAUACUAUCCCCAAUGAUAUAUGGGCCGCAACAUGA